AUGAUAACAUUUACAUCAUAUUGAAAAUCUGUUGUAAAUGUCCUUAAUAUAUUAAUAAUACUAAAUUCAAUUAAAUUACAAUUAAUUCAUGAGGGAAUUAUUAUAAUUUUUUUUAAUUGUAAUUUUUAAUAUAAAUCUAUUUUGCUAGAUGACUGACGUGUUUAAAGAUUUAUGUGAUAUCUGGGACAGGCUAUUUAGCCAUCGGCCAUUUUUACAAGGAGAAAUAAAAUAUUUUUUAUCAGAGUUUGAUAAAAAGCAGUAUAAAUUUGAUGAAGAAAAUCUCAAAAACGUUAAUGAACUUAUAGGAGAUAUAAAGGAAGAUAAAAUUAAUGACUUUUUACUAACAAGUGAUCAAAAUUUAUCUUCUUUAAGUAAAGUUAUAAAUAAAGCUUUGGAUUUAAGUGCUGACAUUUUAAAUCAAGAAAAUAAAAUCAUAACUGAAGAAGAAUUGAAUGAUAAACAAGAACGUCAAAGAAAAAGACAAGAAGAAUUUGAUCUUUUUAAAUCUGAUUUGAAAAUACGAUAUGAAACUAUAGAUAAAAACAUUGAAGAAAAAAUUAAAUCAAUAAAAUUACAAUACGAAGAAACAAUAAAUAAACUUAUAUCUGAUAACCAAUAG